AUGAAGGUCGCAUCAUUCAUCCUUAGCCUUCUCGCAUCUGGAGGAGUUGCAGAGGAAACUCUCUGCCAAAACUACCAGUCCUACUCUAGCAACAACUAUGAGGUCAUCAACAACCUCUGGGGUAUCAGCUCUGCAAGCUCUGGCUCCCAGUGCACCUACGUUGAUAGCGUUAGCUCAACUGGAGCAAAGUGGCAUUCAACCUGGGAGUGGCAGGGUGGCCAAAAUAAUGUUAAGAGCUAUGUUUAUUCGGCGCUUCAAUUCACCAAGAAGCCAAUUACGCAGUAUACUAGCAUGAAAACCGAGGCCUAUUGGGUCUACAACACUACUAAUAUUCGCUGUGAUGUUGCAUACGACUUGUUCACAUCUGCAAAUGUCAACCACGCUACUACUAGUGGCGAUUACGAGCUUAUGGUCUGGCUCGCUAGAUAUAGUGUAGACCCAAUUGGAACGUCACAGGGGACCGUCACUGUUGCUGGACAAACUUGGGAGCUGUUUGCAGGACUCAACGGCGCCAUGGAAGUGUAUAGCUUUGUUGCCUCCAACACCAUCUACAAUUUUGAUGCCAGCAUGUUGGACUUCUUCACCUAUCUCCCAGAUAAUAUGGGCUUUCCUGGUUCUAGCCAGAACCUUAUUACUUUCGAAUUUGGUACCGAAGCUUUCACUGGCGGCCCAGCCUUAUUCACUGUCAACCAGUGGGAUGCUUACGUCUACUAA